AUGAAUGUUGGAGUUGCCAUUGAUGCACAGAAUGCUUCAAGUAAAUGGUGCAUAGAUAAUUUUCUUAAUUUAGAAAUAAUACCCGAAACUGAAAAUGAUAAACUUUUACAAUGUUUCAAGUUAUUUAAUAAAGAUAACUUAAUACUAGUCAUAGGUAAAUGUGGCAAAUUGUUACAAGAUUGGGAUAAUUAUAUUUUCAAUGAUAUUAAUGUAAUAAAAAGAUGCUUAUUGCUAUAUAAUGAAUUCAUUGAUGAAGUAACACUAUAUAAGUCUUUUGUUGAUGACAAUAAAACUCUCAAAAGUGGUAAUAGAUAUGUCCUGAAAAGAUCUUUACAAAGGAAUAAUUUAAUUGUUGAAGAAAUGGAUGUAAGUGAAUACUAUGACAAGAAUGGAAUUAACCUAGACUAUGAAGCUGCUGCUGAUGAUGAUGAUACCAUACGUUAUUCCGAAGAGACAUUAGAACAGUGCAAUAUUGCCAACAAAGUGUUUAAAUAUGAUUUAACAAAUUAUUUGAACUCAAGUAAUCUUAUAAAUAAUCAUUCAAAAUAUGACAAUGAUGAAAUGGAAAUAGUCAAUAAUUAUAAUUCAUUAAAAGUUGUUAAUAUAUUUGACCCGUCUAAGAAGCCUAGUCCUUCAGCAGUGCCUCCUCCAGAAAAUUCAUCAUCACCGUGGUCAUCUGUUAGAUCCAAAAAUAGAAGACGUAGGAACAGAAGGAAACAUUGA